UGCCUUGCAUCCCCAGCAAACAGCUUCAGUUUUUCUAGCUACUACUUCUUGCAGCUAGUGAUCGACCUGCCGUGAGCACGCACAUCAAGUUCGUUCACCCAUGGCCUCCGCCCCAGGUCUCUUCGCCACGGCGCUGGUCGUGGCGCUCAUGCUCAGCAGCACGACCCACGCCGCGCGCCGCCUUGCGGACGACACGACUCCGGCGGCGGCUGCGCCCGCUGCCGUGCCGAAGCCGCCUGUGCCCACCGUGCCAGCGGCCGCCUUGCCACCCAUGCCAGCAGUGCCGGCGGCGACCUUGCCACCCAUGCCAGCCGUGCCGGCGGUCCCCGCGGCGUCUCUGCCGCCGGUGCCCGCGGUGCCUACCGUGCCGGCCGUGGCGAUGCCACCCAUGCCGGCCGUUCCCGCCGUGCCGAAGGUGACGCUGCCUCCGGUGCCCGCCGUUCCUAAGGUCACCCUGCCACCGAUGCCCUCCGCCCCCAAGGUGACGCUGCCGCCGAUGCCCUCCAUCCCCGGCGUGCCGAUGCCAUUCUUGGCGCCGCCUCCUUCGGCAUAAUCGAAAUCAAGAAUGCUUCAGCGCAGUGCAUCUGUGGAUUUUCUGUCAUCUGGAGAUGUCUGAUUGUCGAGCCGCUCCAUGGAGUAUCUGUAUUUCAGCAGCUUCUUCCUUUUGAUGUGUGUGGUUGUAUAUGUGCGUGUAUUUGGUUGGAGAGGUCUUGGAUUGCUUUGUGUAUGUACAGAGUGCUCUGCUAUAUAUGGGUUCGAUUUGGUCAUUUGUGUUUCACACUUUCACUGUAUGAUGGAACUGUUAAUCUCUUCUUGGUAGUUCA